AUGCCCUCUGACGCUACUUUCAUUCUACAGUUCGACAAAGUGGCUGGUGUAUCUCCCAAUGCAAGACUAGUCGUCUUUUCAACGAAAACAAAUAGCGUCGUUGGAAAUAGGAUCACAAUUCCUCAACAAAAGCAAUAUUUCUCGGAAUCUGCAAGCAAGGUGAUCAUUUUUGGCGCAAUAGAUGGAGCGAUCGGCACUGCACUCGUAGGAGGAGUGAUGGGCACUGCGAUAGGAAGUAUGGCGCGAGUUAUACAGCUGGUAGCCCUUCUGUUCUCUGUAAUUCUGCUAGCAACAGCUCAGUUCGGAUAUGGAGGUUGGGGUGGAGGAUUUGGAAUGGGAUCCGUGGUCGGCGCUAUUGAUGGUGCUAUGAUUGGUGCUGCUGAUGGUGCAAUGGUAGGGUCGAUGUUCGUGAAGAAAUAG